UAGAAUAACUAAGUAAAUUUCGCUUUAUUUAGAAUUUAGUUCAUUUUUAGUUUAGGUUUAUUCUGUAGAAUGAAAUUUCAUCAAUAAGAAUUAAUAAUUAAAUAUAAAUAAGAAGAAGGAGUCUUUAUGUCGCGUUACCGAGGUCCUCGUUUCAAAAAAAUACGCCGCCCGGGGGCGUUACCAGGGCUAACUAAUAAAAGGCCCAGAGCUGGAAGUGAUCUUAGAAACCAAUCGCGUUCCGGGAAAAAAUCCCAAUAUCGAAUUCGCCUAGAAGAAAAACAAAAAUUGCGUUUUCAUUAUGGUCUUACAGAACGACAAUUACUUAAAUACGUUCGUAUCGCCGGAAAGGCAAAAGGGUCAACAUGUCAGGUUUUACUACAAUUACUUGAAAUGCGCCUUGAUAACAUUCUUUUUCGCUUGGGUAUGGCUCCGACUAUUCUGGGAGCUCGCCAAUUAGUUAACCAUAGACAUAUUUUAGUCAAUGGUCGUAUAGUAGAUAUACCAAGUUAUCGCUGCAAACCCCGAGAUACUAUUGCGGUGAGGGAUGAACAAAAAUCUAAAGUUCUAAUUCAAAAUUCUCUCGAUUCAUCCCCCCAUGAGGAAUUGCCAAACCAUUUGACUCUUCAACCAUUCCAAUAUAAAGGAUUAGUCAAUCAAAUAAUAGAUAGUAAAUGGGUCGGUUUGAAAAUAAAUGAAUUGCUAGUUGUAGAAUAUUAUUCUCGUCAGACUUAAACCUAACAAAAAUAAAAUCAACACUAAUAAGAAUAAGGAAGAAUAAGGGUUUGACCCAUUUUGCUCCCUUUCGGCGAAGUAAAUUAACCUAAGGUUAAGAUAAAUAAGGGUUUGAUCCGGAUUUUUCUUCCAUUUAGGUAUCAUAGACCGAGAGGGAGAUUUUCAUUCCUUGUCUACUCUACUCUUUUCUUUACACAGUAUUUUCUGUACCACAGCCAUUAGGAAUAGAGAAUCCAUAUCAAAGAAAGGUCUAACUGUUGGAAUAGUCGUAUCCAUUGCUAUUUGAUCUAUUGUGGUUAGUAAGAUCGAUGAAUUAGGUGAAGGUACGGAAAGGAAAGAGAGGGAUUCGAACCCUCGGUAAGCAAAAGCCUACAUAGCAGUUCCAA